AUGGCGCCCGUCACGAAGGAAUGCGAUUACCUGGUUAUUGGCGGUGGCAGUGGUGGGCUGGCUUCGGCGAGGAGGGCCAGUGGGUAUUAUGGUGCGAAGACGAUUGUGGUGGAGAGCAAACGGCUGGGAGGGACGUGUGUUAAUGUUGGAUGCGUACCAAAGAAAGUUACAUUCUUCGCGGCGGCCAUUGCGGAAACGCUGCGCGAAGCCAAGGCAUACGGGUUUUCCGUGAAGGAGACGGCGCCCUUCGACUGGCCGACCUUCAAGAAGAAGCGGGAUGCGUACGUCAAGCGUCUGAACGGCAUCUACGAGCGGAACCUGGUGAAUGACAAGGUUGAGCAUAUCCACGGCCGGGCACAUCUCCUGGACAAGAACACGGCGCAGGUGGUGCUGGAUGAUGGAUCAACCACCGAUAUCCGGGCGAAGAAGAUCCUGCUGGCCGUUGGCGGACACCCGAUUAUCCCCAAGGAUGUCCCCGGGGCCGAGUACGGCAUCGACAGUGAUGGCUUCUUUGAUAUCGAGAAGCAGCCAAAGAAGGUGGCGUUGGUGGGCGCCGGAUACAUUGCGAUCGAGUUUGCAGGCAUGUUUAAUGCGCUGGGCACGGAAACACAUCUCUUCAUCCGCCAUGAUAAGUUCCUCAGGUCGUUCGACCCUAUGAUUCAGGAGACCAUUACCGCCGAGUAUGAACGUCUGGGCGUUCGCCUGCACAAGAAUUCCAGCCAGACCAAGAUCGAGAAGGACGAGAAGACCGGAAAGCUUACGGUGCACUACGAAGACUCCAAUGGGAAGGGCACGCUCGAAGAUGUCGAUGAAUUGAUCUGGGCUAUUGGCCGCUCCCCUGAAGUCGAGGAUCUGGGACUGGACAAAGCCGGCAUCAAGCAAAACGGACGCGGCCAGGUCGUUGUCGACGAGUACCAAAACACCAACGUCGAGAACAUCUACUCGCUGGGCGACGUCACCGGCAAGGUCGAGCUGACGCCCGUUGCCAUCGCCGCCGGCCGCAAGCUCAGUGACCGACUCUUCGGCCCCCCCAAGUUCAGCAACUCCAAGCUGGACUACAACCUGAUUCCAUCCGUGGUCUUCGCGCACCCAGAAAUCGGCAGCAUCGGGCUGUCAGAACCGGAAGCCAUCGAGAAAUACGGCAAGGAGAACCUCAAGAUAUACAACACCAGCUUCACGGCCAUGUACUACUCCAUGAUGGAGCAAGAGGAAAAGGGACCCACGCGCUACAAGCUGAUCUGCCAAGGCCCCGACGAGAAGGUCGUCGGUCUGCAUAUCCUGGGCUUGGGCAGCGGCGAGAUGUUGCAGGGCUUCGGCGUCGCUAUCAAGAUGGGCGCGACGAAGGCGGAUUUCGACAACUGCGUCGCCAUCCAUCCUACUAGUGCGGAGGAGUUGGUUACGCUGAAGUGA